GCAUUUGCAUGUGUGUGUUUGAUAUAGUUUCUUGCGCCCACUGGUUUUGUUUCGUUAUGAUGUUGCAAAAAAAAAAUUAUUUGUAUUCACACAUUUUGAGAGCAAAGGCCUCAUAAGGGGAGUUCAUGAUGGUCAGAUAAUCCUGAAAAAGGUCAUAUCUGUCUGGAAACCCUCUUCUUGGCUACACCAAGAAAUUUUGUCCAUAAAACCAGAAGUUUUUUACACACUGAAAAAAGCAGCUCCAAGAACACUAAGUACAAUUAUUUGUGUGACUGCAGAUUACAAGAAAGAGCUGGAACAAAUAUAGUGACAUGCAAUAGCGUCAUAUAAAAGUAUAGAGAGUAAAGGAGAAGAUUGAGUGCUCAGUGCAUCAUUGGAGAUCCUUCCUAAGGACUCCUUCAGUGUGCCUCCUUGUACUGAAAUCAUUUGACCCAUGUGGUACCAGUUUUUUUUUUGGUUUGAUUGCAUGUUUUUACUUUUUGCCUCCACACCAAGUUUUUACCUUACAUGCCCUACUUUUUUUUUCAGUAGAUGUUUUAUGCUGAAUUUUUCAGUGGAGUGUGUUAAAUCUGUGUACUUCUAACAGUGUCCUUCAGGAAAGUCCAGACGCACAGCUUGCACCCAGCUGUGGGUCUAUAGAAUGGAAGAUAUCUUUACAAGAUGGACCCCAGUCUGUUGAUAACAGUGUUGACCAGCAGGUCCUGCACCAUCAAACACAUCUGGACUACGUAUUUAUGAUGUUGGAGGAAAACAUUUUCAGUUUUGUGAAGAAUGAGCUGAAAACGAUCCAGAACAUUCUGAGUCCAGGUUACCCCAAAAAUGCAGAGAAUCUGAAGGAAAAUGAGGAGGUGUUGGAAUCUGACAAGGAGGAGAGGAAGAGUACCAGCGAGUCAUUUCUGAGAAUUACAGUGGAUUUCCUGAAGCGAAUGAAGCAGCAAGAGUUAGCUGACCGUCUGCAGUGCAGAAUUCAGACUGCAAAGUGCCAGCGUCAAGUCAAGGCUAACCUAAAGAACAGGUUCCAGUGUGUUUUUGAGGGAAUUGCUAAAGCAGGAAAUGCAACUCUUCUGAAUCAGAUCUACACAGAGCUCUACAUCACAGAGGGAGGGACUGCACAGGUUAAUAAUGAACAUGAGGUCAGACAGAUCGAAACAGCAUCCAGGAAAUCAGACAGGCCAGAAACAACAAUCAGACAAGAAGACAUCUUUAAAAUCUCACCUGUUAAAGAUAAGCCAAUCAGAACAGUGCUGACAAGUGGAGUGGCUGGAAUUGGGAAAACAGUCCUAACACAGAAGUUCACUUUGGACUGGGCUGAAGACAAAUCCAACCAGGACAUCCAGUUCAUGUUUCCAUUCACUUUCAGAGAGCUGAAUGUGCUGAAAGAGAAAAAGUUCAGCUUGGUGGAACUUGUUCAUCACUUCUUUACUGAAACCAAAGAAGAAGAAAGCGGCAGCUUUGAAGACUUCCAGGUUGUGUUCAUCUUUGAUGGUCUGGAUGAGUGUCGACUUCCUCUGGACUUCCACAAAACUGAGACCCUGACUGAUGUUACAGAGUCCACCUCAGUGGAUGUGCUGCUGAUAAACCUCAUCAGGAGGAACCUGCUUCCUUCUGCACGCAUCUGGAUAACCACAAGACCAGCAGCAGCCAGUCAGAUCCCUCCUGACUGUGUUGACAUGGUGACAGAGGUCAGAGGAUUCACUGACCCACAGAAGGAGGAGUACUUUAGGAAGAGAUUCAGAGAUGAAGAAAAAUCAAACAGGAUCAUCUCCCACAUCAAGACAUCACGAAGCCUCCAUAUCAUGUGCCACAUCCCAGUCUUCUGCUGGAUCACUGCUACAGUUCUGGAGGAUGUGCUAAAAACCAGAGAGGGAGAACAGCUACCCAAGACCCUGACUGAGAUGUACAUCCACUUCCUGGUGGUUCAGGCCAAAGUGAAUAAUGUGAAGUAUGAAGAAGGAGCUGAAACAGAUCCACACUGGAAUAAAAAGAGUCGGAAGAUGAUCAAGUCUCUAGGGAAAAUGGCUUUUGAUCAGCUGCAGAAAGGAAACCUGAUCUUCUAUGAAUCAGACCUGAUAGAGUGUGGCAUCAAUAUCACAGCAGCCUCAGUGUACUCAGGAGUGUUCACACAGAUCUUUAAAGAGGAGAGAGGACUGUACCAGGACAAGGUGUUCUGCUUCAUCCAUCUGAGUGUUCAGGAGUUUCUGGCUGCUCUUCAUGUCCAUCUGACCUUCAUCAACUCUGGAGUCAACCUGCUGAGAGAACAACAAACAACAUCUCUGCUGUCUAAAGUAAGACCCAAAUCUAAACUCAAACAUCUCCAUGAGAGUGCUGUGGACAAAGCCCUAAAGAGUCCAAAAGGUCACCUGGACUUGCUCCUGCGCUUCCUCCUGGGUCUUUCCCUGCAAACAAAUCAGACUCUUUUACAGGGUCUACUGAGACAGACAGGAAGUAGCUCACAAACCAAUCAGGAAACAGCCCAAUACAUCAAGAAGAUCAGUGAGAAUCUGUCUGCAGAGAAAAGCAUCAAUCUGUUCCACUGUCUCAAUGAGCUGAAUGAUCAUUCUCUAGUGGAGGAGAUCCAAAAGUCCCUGAGUUCAGGACGUCUCCCCACAGAAAAAUUGUCUCCUUCUCAGUGGUCAGCUCUGGUCUUCAUCUUAUUGUCUUCUGAAAAAGAACUUGAAGUGUUUGAUCUGAAGAAAUACUCUGCUUCAGAUGAGGCUCUUGUAAAUCUCCUGCCAGUCAUCAAAGCUUCCAACAGAGCUCUGCUCAACAGAUGCAACCUUUCAGAGAGAAGCUGUGAAACUCUAUCUUCAGUUUUUAGCUCUCAGCCUUCUGGUCUCAGAGAGUUGGACCUAAGUAACAACAACCUAAAGGAUUCCGGAUUGAAGCCGCUAUCUGAUGGACUGCAGAGUCUUCACUGCAAACUAGAAACACUCCGUCUGUCAGGUUGUCUGGUAACAGAAAAAGGUUGCGCUCCUUUGGCCUCAGCUCUUCGUUCCAACUCAUCCCAUUUGAGAAAGCUUGAGCUAAGCAACAACAAUCUCAAAGAUUUUGGAGUACAGCAGCUUUCGAUGGCACUUGAGAGUCCUCACUGUAAAAUUGAAUCUCUGAGUUUGUCAGGUUGUCAGGUCACAAAUGAAGGCUGUGGUUGUUUAGCUUCAGCUAUUAGCUCCAAUCAUUCUCAUCUACGAAAUCUGGACCUGAGCAACAACAAUCUGCUGGAUUUAGGAGUCAAGCUGCUUUCCGCUGGACUAAAAAGUCCACACUGUAAAAUGGAAACUCUGAGUCUAUCAGGUUGUCUGGUAACAGACGAAGGGUUUGCUUCUCUGGCCUCAGCUCUUAGUUCUAACCCAUCUCACCUGAGAGAGCUGGAUCUGAGUUACAAUCAUCCAGGACACUUAGGAGUGGAACAGCUAUGGGCUGGAGUAAAGGAUUCACACUGGAGACUUGAUGUUCUCAGGGUGGAGCAUGGUGGAGCACACAGGUUGAAACCUGAUGUUAGGAAGUAUUUCUUUGAACUUGAACUGGACACAAACUCAGUAAACAGGAAGCUCAAACUUGCUAACAACAACAGGAAGGUGAUAGUGGGAGCGGAACAGUCGUAUCCUGAUCAUCCAGACAGAUUUGAUACCUGCUCUCAGCUGCUGUGUAGAAAUGCUCUAACUGGUCGCUGUUACUGGGAGGUCGAGUGGAGUGGGGGGGUCUUUAUAGCAGUAAGUUACAGAGGAAUCAGUAGAAAAGCAGAUAGGACCGACUGCAGGUUUGGCUGGAAUGAUCAGUCCUGGAGUCUGAGCUGCUCUGAUGGUGGUUACUCUGUGUGGCACAAUAACCGGGAAACAUCCAUCUCCUCCUCCCUCAUCAAGAGCAGAGUAGGGGUGUAUGUGGACUGUCCUGCUGGCACUCUGUCCUUCUAUACAGUCUCCUCUGACACUCUGAUUCACCUCCACACCUUCAGCACCACAUUCACUGAAAGUCUGUAUGCUGGGUUUAGACUUAGGUCAUAUGACUCCUCAGUGUCUCUGUGUUCUGUGUAAGAGUCUGUGGGAAAUGACCGCAGCUUCAGAUAAUGUUGAUGAUGCAUGAUGGUUCACUUGGGUUUCCACUUGCGCUCUGUCAUCUUCCGUAUCGACGCUGGAAGACCAGCUCAACACUAACUGCAUAUCUUAGAUAAGAGGAAAUUACUAGAAGUAGUCUUACCAUUACUAACAUCUAGCAAUCAAAAAGAAGAUGGUCAUUGUAAAAGUAUUAAUCUUCAGGAACUAAUAGUCAAAACACAAAUUUUAAAAUAAAACAAAAAUAAAAGGCAGGCAAUAGAUAAUAAUAGAUGACAACAUACCAUGACCUUACAUACGACGUACCAAAAAAGCUGAAUGAAUCUUGAACUACAACAAAUUCUUCACCUAAACAGACACAUCAAUGACAUCAGUGAUAUGUCUGUUUAAGUGUCUGUUUGGUUUGGUGAGGGUUAGGCAUCAGAGUUACCUUUGACUGAAAAAGUUUAAAAAUUAAAAAUCAAUGAUUCAUCACUGACAGACAUAAUUAUUCAAUACUGCUAGCUCACAUGAAAUAAUUCAUGUGUGCACUACUACAGACUUCACAACUGACUCUAACGUGGCUCUGACAUUGUAACAUUAAAACAGUGUUAGGAGAUCUAUUUCUGUGAGACCAGGUUUUUUUGUGCAUCAGCACAGAUGCUUAUUAGAGGUACCUGCUUCCGUUAGAGAAAUGUGAGCCUUUUUUAAAGUCUGCCAUUGUUUCUACACUACCCGUUGUUGUGAGAGCCUUCAGCUGCCACACAGUCCACACAGCAUUGCAAUAAUGGCAACCAUCACACAGAGGGAGGAUGUAUCCAAUUUAUCAUGCUUAUAUUAUUCACUCUCAUUUUUUUUUUCUUUGCUGCAGAGAUGUAACAGUGUGACAUCUGUCGCUAUCCAGCUUUUCUAUUACUGAAGUCAAAUUCAUUCGUUAAAAUCCAAAUAAGCACUUAACACUUUGAAUUGUGGGAUUUGUUUUCUUUUCCAAAAGGUAUAUUAGUGUAUCCUCUUGUAAAGGAAGCAUCAAAGUGCAGAUACCUUUGUGUUGGUCCACUCCCACUCUGUGAGUUGUCUUUACUUAGAGACCUGCAGCAAUAAAUGCACUUCUAUGAUUUA